AUGUGUUGGCUCCGCGACCAAGUCGCUUCAUUUUUCUCACCUUCCGACCCGAAUUUCAUCUACCACUUCUCAGCCGUGGCAAGGAACGCCAUCCAGUUCGAUUUGGGAGCCAAGCGCCCAGUUUACGCCAUCUCGGGUAAGGAGGCCAUCAUACCACCUCCCGGCGAAACGCUAUCCUGCGAUCCUGUCGUUCUUGACCCAUCCUGGUGGCCUAGAGACUUGGAGAGCGAGCUCUACUCAGCUCCGAAAAGUUUCGUUUUCCACCCUCCGGCCUCGAAAGAAGAUAACCUCGCAAUUGCUUCAGGUUCAGGUUCGAAUCCUAUCAUUAAUACUGGAGAAGCUUUCGACCGCAAGCCUUCGGUUUUCCUUGAACCCCCCCUUUUGGAACAAAUCCUUCCAAGAGGUACUAUUGGACCUGAAGACUGUUCUCUUAAGUCUUUAUCGUCACAUUCCGUCUCUUCUAGACGAUCUCGACAUCGAAGUCCUCGGCGUAGGCAUUCUCGGGGCAAAGCUUCAGCCGCGCCUCCGAACCUUUCACAUCGUGAAAGAAGACCUCCCUUGGGCCCUUCUAAGGACCAAGGUCGAGAAGAUAAAUUUCAUCAAGAGUCUAUUCUCGAGAGGGUUCAUUCUCAACCUCAAUCACGCCCCACUCUUACUUAUCGAGAGAACAAGGGUAAAGGCCGAGAAAGACCUCUUUCCCCUCCUGUACUUCACGAAAGAACUUCUCAUUGUAGAAGGAGCAAUACCCCUCCGUCUCCUCCAGAGAGCCAAAAACGUCGACAGGAUCCUUCAUCAUCCCCUUCUAGUCGAAGCAGUUCAUCUCGUUCCUCUUAUGAUAGUCGCGAUCAGGCCUCUGAUCACAGUCGAGCAAGAUCCGCUUCACCAGUCGCCAGAGAAUCCGCUCUGGCGCUUCUCUUGGUUCCUAUUGAGAAACUUAAGAACCGAAAGGCCAGCGCUAUGUCACUCAUUAUUCAGAGCAUGGUUAGGGAGUAUUCUCAACACUCCAAAAAAGCCUUGUCUCUAUAUAACACCGGACCAAACAAACCACCUGGUUUCCCGUCAUCUAUGUCAAAAGAUUUGCUGGAAUACAAGUAUAUCGAGAUUGAGAAGCUGUUUGGCGAAAUGUCUUCUAAGCCCUCUUCAGAAACUUUCAUUUUCAGCAAAAAAUCCAAAGGCUUGGACAUCCGCGGUGUGGUCGAUCCAAGAGAAAUCGAAAACAUGUCGGAUUUCCUUCAAAUUCUGGAUAUUCUCAGAGACGCUUAUCACGCAGCUUUCUCUCCAGCAUCCGACUCAAUCGACGACUACUUUGAUUAUAUUAAAAGUCUUUGUAAUUGGCAGGAAGAGUGUGAUUGGAGGAAUGUUAUGGAGUUCGACAGUGUCCUUCGUCGAAAAUUCUCAGAAUACACCUGGAUCACAUUUGGCGACUAUAAAGCUCCUGAACUCAGACGUCUGGAAGCUCGCAGCCUUAACAAACCAGCCACACUUCCAGAUUAUGUUCCUCAAGCCUCUUCUUCAAAGAAGCCAAAGCAUCCUGCGUCAUCUCAAGUCCGGCCGUCGAAAGAGCAACCGAAGUCGAAGACCAAGACGAAAAAAACCAAGAGGACGUCAUUCGACUAUCCUCUCAAGGAUUGUGCGGGCGAACCUUUAUCUGGCCAGCCUUGCAAUUUAUGGAAUGCUAAUGUAUGUCCUUAUUCCGACGACGACUGCAACCGAGCGCAUCACGUAUGCAACAAGCUGGGAUGCGAACUUGAUCAUCGAGGAGGCAUCGUCCACAGACGUGCUUAA